GGUAAGUACGAACCUAUAAAGAGAGGAAUUUCCCUUAAAUCACAACUCCAAUCAUUGCUAUCAUCAACUAUUGUAAUGAAAGGCAUAAAAAUGAAAAUUAUUUUUACUAAACUAUUAAUGUUAUUAUGGAUAAAUUUUAUAGACUGUUCUAUAUCUGGUAUAAGCUACAUUGACCCUAUUAAAAUGUAUUCAAAUAAAAGUAAAUUGCCUCCUGGUGAAGACCCUUGCAACCCGCUUUACUGGUAUCCUAGGAAUAUACCCGAGUAUUGUAAAUUUGCUAAUACAGUGAGACAGGCAAGCUCUGAAGAACCACCAGCAGCAAAUCCACUACCCCCAGCGCCCUCAAUGUUGAUACCAAUGCCGCCUCAUCCUCUUUCAUUAUUACCUCCACCGGUUCCUAUAUUGCCUCCACCUCUUCCAAUACUGCCUUCCGCACCAUUAAGAGCGGGACCUUCACCAAUAAUAGCCGGAUCUUCAAGCUUAUUUCCAGCACCACGUUCAGCUUCCGUGAUAUCGAUAUCUUCAAAUCCAUAUCCAUACUCACACGAAAAUCCUAUCUCGGCUUAUAAUUCACUGCCAUAUCAAAAUUCAUUCCCAUACUAUCCGUCACUCCAACGUUCACCAACAGGUUUUGUACCAGGAAUGCAUGGUCUAGUAACAAGAGACGGCGGCAUUAAUAUAAUGCCUUUCUCGGACAUUUAUGCUGAUAUGCUCGAAAAACAUAAAAAUAAAAUGAUUCGAAGGAAACUCCAUAAGAUUUUGGACAAGUAUAAUUCCGGCCCGUAUUACAGAGAUCAUAGAAGGAUACGAAAAUAUGAAAAAUAUUUCAAAGAUUAUAGAUAAAAAGGUGAUAUA